UCCCAGCGUUCCCGCUGCAGCCGCCGCACAGGCUCAGGGGCCGGCUGCGGGGGUGGGUUCCUGCCUUCUGUCUAUUGUAUGAGUUCUCUUGGGGUUGUUUUUGUUUCCCUGGGCAUUUUGUAUUUUUCACGGGAGGGUUUAAACCGGCAGUGAAAAGCAUGGCAGAUGAGCAAGAAAUUAUGUGCAAACUCGAGAGCAUCAAGGAGAUCAGGAAUAAGACUUUGCAGAUGGAAAAAAUAAAGGCACGACUGAAAGCAGAAUUUGAAGCCCUGGAGUCUGAGGAGAGGCACCUGAAAGAAUACAAACAGGAAAUGGACCUGCUGCUGCAGGAGAAGAUGGCCCACGUGGAGGAGCUGCGCCUGAUCCAUGCUGAUAUUAACGUGAUGGAGAAUACUAUCAAGCAGUCUGAGAACGACCUCAACAAGCUCUUGGAAUCUACUCGUCGCCUGCAUGAGGAGUACAAGCCCCUGAAGGAGCAUGUAGAUGCUUUGCGUAUGACUCUGGGAUUGCAGAGGCUGCCAGAUCUGUGUGAGGAGGAAGAGAAGCUGUCCCUUGACUACUUUGAAAAGCAGAAAGCAGAAUGGCAGACAGAACCACAGGAGCCUCCUAUCCCAGAGUCUUUGGCUGCAGCUGCAGCAGCUGCCCAGCAGCUGCAAGUGGCCAGGAAACAAGAUACCAGACAAACAGCAACUUUCAGACAGCAGCCUCCUCCAAUGAAGGCUUGUUUAUCCUGUCACCAACAAAUUCAUCGGAACGCGCCCAUAUGUCCCCUCUGCAAAGCAAAGAGCCGAUCUCGGAAUCCCAAAAAGCCCAAGAGGAAACAGGAUGAAUGAAGGCCAGAAGAUGGACAAGCCAACACGUGACCUGUCCCAGUACUCUUCCAGUAGAACUGCAAAUGUGGCCAGGCUUUACUGAAGUGCAGACUCAAGUAUGACCAACCCGUUGUUUUCUAUUUAAUACAGUGUAAGCACAAUGUUCCUGUUCUGUCUUAAUUUCCUUCCAGUCCCGAGGAUUUGGUUUUAGGAAAGUAAGUAUUAUUGGUGCUACAGUUUAACAUUUCAAUCAUACCACCUUUUAGACUCCUAAACAAAGUAGAAUUCUUCUACUAAAUUCUAAAUGCCAGGAUAUUCCUAAUGUGUUUACCACAAAUGCUUUUAUGUUCUCUUUUUAAAAAGAGAUGUUACUGAAAGAUUAUUCUGUUUUCUCCUCAUAACAGACGACUAUCUGAAGUGCUGAAAUAGCAGACUGUUUCUUUCACUGAACAACAGGUUUUUAUCCAAGCUAGUAAGACUGCAUAGGUUGGGGUAUCUAGGAGAGCUCUUUUUAUACAGGAAAUGUUCAGGGGAAAAAUAAAUGGGUUAUACAGGAAAUCAGUGCAUGAAGGACAUACGUGCGUUUUGAUUUACUAGCAUUGGAUUGUACCAUUCCCUCAAAGUUGACUUAAAAUUUGGAAGGGGGAUCAAGUUGCUGGCUGUGUAUUAAUUUCUAAAAAUGAUGUAAUUUGUGAUGCUUUGACAUCUUAAUAUAUUAUUUUCAGCAGUCAGAAGAAUGAUGGACUUAAGUACAAGGCUCAACCGAACUGUAUUAGUGUUCCUCCUAGGCCCUGUGGCCAACCAGUUCACUGUGGUUCUUUAAGAAAUAUGCAUGAAAUAUCCCAAAUUUCUAUGCACACAGACUGCAGCAUCAGCCAUUCUGCAUAUCUUCUGUUCCUGGUUCCUACAGCCAAAACCUCACUUGGCAGACAUAUCCUCCACUGGAGCACAGGGAAGUUUUGUAACAUGCAUCAGAAACCGUGUCAACUAGAAAUGAUGUGUUUCACCAGAACUGCCUGGCUUUGGGGCCAUCAUACCCCCUCAAGCAAAACUUCCUAUUUUUAUAUCUUUUAAUAGAUAAUUUUCAAGUAAGCUUUAUUUCAGCCCAGGUUUUUUUCUGUGUGUGUGCCAAAAGAACCCCAACUGAAGGAUCCUUUAGACUACUCCCUGUAUCUGUGACUUCCCUUUGUUUCAUCUCUUGGAACAAGUUCCUCCACUGGUGAGGAUGGCAGCAACCCUAGUACAGAACUGGGGCUUAAAACUUAGUUAUUUCUAAUCCUAGUUUUGUCACCAUCUUUGUAGUCUAAAUUGAUCUUAAGUAUUAAAUGGAGAAGCACCUUGGGGUACUGGUGGGCAACAGAUUAUCUGUGGGACAGCAAUGUGCCCUUGUGGCCAAGAAGGCCAAUGGUACCUUGGGGUGUAUUAAGAGGAGUGUGACCAGCAGGUCAAGGGAGGUUCUGCUUCCCCUCUGCUCUGCCCCUAGUGAGACCACAUCCAGAGUGCUGUGUCCAGUUCUGGGCUUCCCAGUUCAAGAGGGACAGGGAUAUACUGGAAAGAGUCCAGUGGAGGCUACGAGGAUGAUUAUGAUUAAGUGACUGGAACAUCUGUCAUAUGAGGAAAGGCUGAGACACCUGAGGCUGUUUGGUCUGGAGAAGACUGAGAGGGGACCUUAUUAAUGUCUAUAAAUACCUGAAGGGUGGGUGUCAAGAAUGGAAUGGGUUUCCACCUCAACAUGAGGAAGAACUUCUUUACUGUGAGGGUGAUGGAGCCCUGGGACAGGCUGCCCAGAGACGGUGUGGAGUCUCCUUCUCUGGAAACUCUGAAGACCCGCCUGGACACGUUCCUGUGUGAUCUGCCCUGGGUGUUCCUGCUGCAGCAGGGGAGUUGGACUCAAUGAUCUUCAGAGAUCCCUUCCAACCCCUAUGACCCUUCUCAAAGCUUAGGAGGCUUUUGCAUGACUUAAGUCUGCUUUAACCCUGGCUUUGUCAUUCACUUUUCAAUGGGUAGUCAAGUGGCAACAAAAUAACUGCAUUAAUUUGUGAUAGAUGGUUUCCAGUGUCUUUGCCUGGUUCCUCACUUGCCUUCAAAGGACAGUCCUGUUGUUGUGCAACCAAAAGGCAAAAAAUCACAAACGUCUUCCCUUGCCUUCCACCAUAAAAUACUAACAGGAUGUGAACACCCUACUGUGUCUAAUGGCCAUGCUACAGACUUUUUUGUACCCAAGAAUGGGGAGGAUCAGUCACUCAAACUUUAGUGCCAAGGACUACAUAUAUUACAGAGAAAAUACAAGCCAGAUUUUAAGACCUGUACUUUCUGAAUUCAACUUUAGCUUUCUAGACAAGACACUGACUGGAACAAGAACCUGCCAGUGGCUUCAAGUUACAGAAUCUAAUUUUGAAAUAAUAGCCACUGAUGUGUUAUCCUGAAUAGCAGACUAUUCAAGAAUUUAAGACCUUACUAGCACUUUAAAUUAAUAAAAAGUGCUUCUCUUUAUUUUACAGUUUUCUAAUUCCUCUGAAAUAGUUUUUCAUUUUAGCAUUUAGGUAUUUUAGCAAUAGUUGGCAUUUUCACUGGCUUCUGUGUUCUAAAUAUUUUACUCCCGUAUCCAGGAGUAACAAUGUGUGCUACCUGUUUAAUUUGUCUGUACAGUCCUUUUUAAUAAAUGUUUGUUCCAUG